UCUCAGUAGCAAAUCGCGCCCCAGUGGACUCUCGCAGUUGAAAAUGGCUGUCUCCACUCUGAUACCUCAUGAUGGCUCCAAGUCUUCAGAGCUAGGGACUUUCCCCGUGCGCUGCUCCUCCCUCAGAAAGAACGGAUUCGUCAUGAUCAAGGGACACCCCUGUAAAAUAGUGGACAUGUCCACUUCAGCACCGGGCAAACAUGGUCACGCCAAGAUUCACUUAGUGGGAUUUGAUGUCUUCACGAAGAAGCGGUAUGAGGAUGUCCAUCCGGCCACCCACAAUAUCGAUGUGCCCGAGAUACGCAAGUGUGAAAUGCAGCUGGUAUCUAUUGGUUACGAGGGCGCUAUGGCGGUGAUGGAUGACAACGGGUAUUUGCAGCACCAUCUGAACCUACCGGGGGGUCCACUGGGGACCGAUAUCCGCGAAAAAUAUGACGCAGGCGACUAUGUCAUGAUUGUCGUUUUGAAGGCUCUAGGACAAGAGGCAGUGCACGGUUACAAAAUCGCCAAGGACUGAUUCACAAGCCUGUGCGCAUGUUUAUCUCAAGAGUAAAUCAUGGACGUAAAUGCCUAUCAACUACAAUGAAAAACAGCAUAUAGGUGUAUUAAUACGAGUAGGUCUGUACGUAUAUUUAAAUACGUUAAAAAUGGACUAAGAUAGCCUUUAACGGUUUCUUCACACCUUGUCCAUAGGGCUUGUAUUAUCUAUUUUGAGGUAUUUUAAUCUUAGAUUAUUAGAGGAAAUCCUCACUCAAACUCGACAAUAUUUUUAGACGGUAUACAAGCAUAUGUUGUUCACUUCCAUAAAUUAUAUUUGUUCAAAACUCUUUCUUCCUUUUUCUCCAAAAAAAUGUUCCAAUCAAUCCUUGUAUAUCAAGCCUUAUCCUUAAUAUUGUAAAUAAUGAUUUACGAAAUCUUCCUUUGGCCAUUUGCCAGCCAUCACACUGUCGUCGCUGUUCUGGUUUUAGUCCCUGUGCUGUACGUCUAUCAUACUGUCGUCGCUGUUCUGGUUUUACCUAUAUGCUGUACGUCUAUCAUACUGUCGUCGCUGCUCUGGUUUUUCUUCCAUGCUGUACGUCUAGCACACUGUCGUCGCUUCUCUGGUUUACUUCUAUGCUUUUCGUUUAUCACAUUGUCGUCGCUGUUCUGGUUUUACUUCUAUGCUGUACGUCUAUCACACUGUCGUCGCUGUUCUGGUUUUACCUCUGUGUUGUAUGUCUAUCACACUGUCGUCGCUGCUCUGGUUUUACUUCCAUGCUGUACGUCUGUCACACUGUCGUCGCUGUUCUGGUUUUACUCUCU